AUGACAUCCACCAGCCACAGCGAUGGCCCGUUGCCAGACACCCCCGAGGCGCAGAAAGUCACUCUCCCAUUCACCCCAGAGCCUACUCCAACUGAUAUCGUGGGGUCAUCCAGUCAUGAUGAUGCGGUGCCGGAGAAGUCAUGGAAACCGACGUUUGAUCGCCGACAGAGCUGGAGUGACCAGGAUCGCAAGCACCAGCUGCAGGAGCGAUUGCUGCGGUCUGAAAAAGGAAAGGAGAUGGGGUUUACAGAAGCACAUGGAAUUUGA